AGAGUGAGCCGGCACUCAACUCUGGCAAUUUCCUCCCGCUGGCCCUGGGCACUGGACUGGACUGGACGAACUGGACGGGACUGCGCCCUCCGGGAUAUUCAAGGGUCUCCUGGAGCUUGGCUCCUCUCCAUCUGACUGCAGGAAAGCCAAGUCCAAGGAUAACAGGGGAGAAGGACAAGCCGGCUCGUUCUAGGCCCAGGACAACUGUGCAGAAUGAGCAUGGGGCCAACGGGAACACAGACUGAAGACAAUCAGACAACAGAGGUAACAGAGGUUGAAUGGUAUGGGACAGCACAAACUACCCCAAGGGGUCAGCUAGCCGCUGACCCUAAACCAGGGCUGGCGGACAGCACCAAGUUGAUUGAAGUUCAGGUUGUGCUCAUAUUAGCCUAUUGUACCAUCAUCUUGCUGGGAGUAAUUGGCAAUUCCUUGGUGAUCCACGUGGUGGUCAAAUUCAAAAGUAUGCGUACUGUCACCAACUUCUUUAUUGCUAAUCUUGCUGUGGCAGAUCUUCUGGUGAACACACUUUGCCUCCCCUUCACCCUUACUUACACCUUGAUGGGAGAAUGGAAAAUGGGCCCUGUCCUGUGCCACCUGGUGCCCUAUGCCCAGGGUUUAGCAGUACAAGUGUCCACAAUCACGCUAACUGUGAUCGCCCUGGAUCGACACCGUUGCAUCGUUUACCAUCUGGAGAGCAAGAUUUCUAAGAAGAUCAGCUUCCUGAUCAUCGGCCUGGCCUGGGGAAUCAGCGCCUUGCUGGCUAGUCCCCUGGCUAUCUUCCGAGAGUAUUCUCUGAUUGAGAUCAUACCUGACUUUGAGAUCAUGGUCUGUACUGAGAAGUGGCCAGGUGAGGAAAAGAGCAUGUACAGUACAAUUUAUAGUCUCUCUUCCUUGCUAAUCCUGUAUGUUCUGCCACUGGGUAUCAUAUCGUUUGCCUAUAUACAGAUCUGGAGUAAGCUGAAGAAUCAUAUCAGCCCUGGGUUGGCCAACGACCACUACCAUCAGCGUCGGCAUAAAACCACCAAGAUGCUAGUGUGUGUGGUGGUGGUAUUUGCAGUUAGCUGGUUGCCUUUCCAUGCUUUCCAGCUUGCCAUUGACAUUGAUAACCAGGUCCUGGACCUGAAGGAAUACAAGCUCAUUUUCACAAUUUUUCAUAUCAUUGCCAUGUGCUCUACCUUUGCCAAUCCCUUUCUUUAUGGCUGGAUGAAUAGCAACUAUAGAAAGGCCUUCCUCUCUGCCUUUCAUUGCGAGCAGAGGGUAGAUUCCAUUCACUCAGAGGUGUCAGCGACUUUCAAAGCCAAGAAGGACCUUGAGGUAAAGAAGAACAACUGUGCCAAUGACUCUUUUACGGAGGCUACCAAUGUCUAA